AUGUGCGCUGCGACAGCCAUUCCUUUUAUUGGCAACCUCUGGCUACCCAAGUUUAUCAACAUACUCGAAACAGUCGGAGCGAUAUGCCAUGUUGGAUUUUUUCUUGCGGGUGUCAUUACAUUAUUAGUCAUGGCACAGAAAAGCUCUACAGAAUACGUCUUCCAAACAUUGACCAAGGACGUCAGCGGAUGGGACAACUCGGCAGUAGCCUGGGGUAUAGGACUCAUCACUGUUACUUACCCUCUAUGUGGUUUCGAUAGUAUCAUUCACAUGUCUGAUGAAGUCAAACAAGCACGUACCCGGGUUCCACGGUCUAUCAUCUUCUCCGUCGUGGUUAACGGCCUCAUGCAACUCAUUUAUAUGAUCACUGUCUUGUUCACCAUUGGUGACGCAAAACGUGUCUCCGCUUCACCUCUGCCGAUCAUCGAGGUCUACUACCAAGCCACUGGAUCUAAAGCAGCUACGAACCUGUUCAUCUUUAUGCUAAUAUAUAUCAUCUUUGUAUCCUUUUUCAACGUCUUCGCUUCAGUCUCACGUCUCAUCUGGGCUUUCUCAAGAGACGGGGGAUUACCAUGUUCGUCUGCAUUCGCAAAGGUUCAUCCGACCUUUGGAGUGCCGGUCAACGCGCUAUAUCUCAGUGCUCUUUGUGUUUGCAUACUCGCUCUGAUCAACGUCGGUUCAAGCACGGCGUUCAACGCUAUCAUCUCUCUCACAGCAUUGGGCUUGUACCUUUCGUACUUCCUUCCUGUCUUGUUCCUUUUGUGGCAUCGAAUGUCGAGGACGGCACCAUCGCCAAUUCCAUGGGGACCAUUCAGAUUGGGCAUUGCGGGGCCAUAUAUCAACAUUGGUGCCUUGUGCUACAUCCUAUUCACCUUCAUUUGGAUGCCGCUCCCGACUGUCCUUCCUCUGGACAGGUUCAAUAUGAACUAUGCCGGACCGAUUCUUGGUGCGAUUAUCCUAGGCGCUGCGCUAGACUGGUCUUGGAAUGGAAAAAGGAGAUUUAGAGUGCCAGUCGCAAGCCAGAGUCUUGAGUGA